AUGUCGAAACAAGAAGAAAGUGAAGAUAAUUGGAUGGCUGAGCUAGAUAAUUUGUGUUCUAAAUUAAACGUAGACCCUGUAGCUGCUAAGAAAGCGAAAGAUUCAUUUUUAGAAAUUAAACGCAACUAUACUCUUGAUGGCGAGAUUCAGCAUUGGAUGGCUUGUGCUUUAUAUGUAGCGUGUCGGACUUCCAUUACACCGACCGUACAAACUGGAAAGGUUGUGGAAGGCAAUUGUGUUAGUCUAACUCGUCUUCUUAGACUUUGCAAUAUAAGUCUUAUACAAUUUUUCAAUAAAAUCAAAAACUGGAUGGAAAUGGCUUUGAUGUCAACUGAUUUCAAAGAUAGAAUUACACGUUUGGAGCAUAAGUUUGCCGUGUCGACAGUUCUUUUUCGUAAAUUCCAGCCAAUUUUUCAAGAAAUAUUUUCUGGUUUAACAAAUGAGCCAUUGAAGUGUAAUACAAAGAGCAAAAAACAGAAAUUACAACCCUGUACAACAAAUGCCCUCUUUGAGUUCACAUGGUGUUUAUAUGUUUGUGUUAAAGGAGAAUUUCAUAAUUCAGCAGAUGAUUUAGUAGACAUGUACCAUGUCUUACUCUCUUGUCUAGAUUUUGUGUUUGCUAAUGCCUUCAUGUCUAGGCGCAUUGACUUGAUUAAUCCUGCCUUUAAAGGUUUACCCCCUGAUUGGCUAAAAGAUGAUUUUGAAUUACCAAAAAAAGCUCCUUGCAUAAUAUCUGUAUUGUGUGAGAUUAAAGAAGGUCUAGCUGUUGAAGCUGCUACUAUGAAGGAAUACAGUUGGAGACCUGUAAUAAAGUCAUUCUUUGACAAAGGGAUAUUAAAAGGCAAUUGUGACCAACUCGCUGGAUUAUUGGACAUUGGGAACUUUGAUGUAAAUCUGAAGUCAUUGAAUAAUCUAUAUGAAACCUAUGUUCUUAGUGUUGGAGAAUUUGACGAAAGGAUAUUUUUAGGUGAACAUGCCAAUGAGCAAAUAGGUACCAAAAAAGUUUCUGGUGAUGAAAUAAGUCAAGUGAUUGCAAGUUUUGGACCAAGUGGCCGAGCCUGUCCAGACACUCCCCUGACUGGACGAUGUUAUCUUGCUGGACGUGAAGAGCUUACUCCAGUAUCUGAGGCCACAAAUAGCUUAGCACGCUUAGCUACCUACCUACGGAAUACUAAGCCUUACCCAUCCACACCGCUAAUGAGACUUUUUGCAGAAUGUGGAGUCAGUGAAGAAACAAUAAAUACAAAUGUAAUUAAACCAUGCAAUGGUUGGACAGAACAGUUUUCAAAAAGCUUGCAGGAAUGUAAAUGCAGCAACGAGACUAUAACAUUCCGUUGCAAUAUGAUUCUCCUAUCGCAGGAAACAUAUCAGCUGACAGUAUUUGCAUGUUGUACUGAGGUUGUUUUGCAUGCAUAUGGUGUGAACUCUUUACGAUUUCCGAGAGUGCUUCAGAUUUACGGGCUCAGUGCAUUUCACUUUUACAAGAUUAUAGAGCUAGUUGUACAGGCCCUUGUUGAUAAACUUAGCAGGGAUGUUAUCAAACAUUUAAAUGCGGUGGAGGAAGAGGUAUUAGAAUCUCUUGUUUGGACAUCUGAGAGUCCAUUAUGGGACCAACUCAGCAAAACACCUGUGCCUGCAUCUACAGAGGUGUAUGUGCAGGAGUCACCACUCUUUCGAAGAAAUAUUGCAGUGAUAGAUCGCUAUCUCGCGCCAAUAGCUGAUCAAGCCAAGAAGCAGCUUUUCAAAGACAAUAUUAAACCGGGUCAGUCACUUCUAGUACAGACAAAUAGUGUGGCCCUCAAGCAAGCUCCCUCGCCCAGUUCACCGCCGCACAAUACGUCCAAUGGGGAGACGACACCCAACUCGACCCCCAAAAAAACCCACAAUUCCCUGAUACUUUUCUUCAGGAAGUUUUACAGUCUGGCCGUGGUUCGUAUGAUCGACUUAUGCACUCGGCUGCGGUUAACCGAUGAAGAGUUAAAACGCAAGAUCUGGACUUGUUUAGAGUACUCCGUAAUGCAUCAGACACAGCUCAUGAAAGACCGGCAUUUGGAUCAAAUACUCAUGUGUGCUGUCUACGUUAUUUGUAAGGUGUCAAAUAGUACUAAUAAUCAAGUUGAAAGAACAUUUGCGGAUAUCAUGAAAUGUUAUAGGCAGCGGCCAUUAGCUGACAAUCAUGUCUAUAGAUCAGUAUUAAUUAAGCAAAGUACAGGUGACAAUUCACCUGAAAGGGGUGAUUUAAUCAAUUUCUAUAAUAAAGUGUAUGUGCAAUGCAUGCAGAAUUUCGCACUAAGGUUUACCGGAAAACACAAAGAUGAGUGCAGUCUAUCUCCCUUGCCGGCGGGGCGUGGAGAUGCGGCAUAUUCGCCUGCCGGCCAGCGCGUCUCCGACCGCCACCAGCUCUACGUGAAACCUCUCACCACGCCGCCUCCCACCAACCACCACCUCACCUAUCGCUUCAGCCGCAGCCCGGCCAAGGAUCUGCACGCGAUCAACACGCUGGUGUCGUGCGAGGUGGGCGGGAUGAAGCGCGUGGCCGAAGGGGGCGACGUUAUUAAGCGGCCGCGCUGCGCGGCGCCGGGCGUGGCGCGCAAGCUGCAGGGGCUCGUCAGCGACCGGCAGGCAGUC